GUUGGAGCUACGGGCAAACCACUGAAAGAUGUCGUUGCAGUUGGUAUUGGUGGCAGCUUUUUAGGUCCACUGUUUGUGCACACGGCUAUUCAAACAGAUCCCGAAGCUCUACAGAGUGCUAAAGGACGCCAGCUGCGAUUCCUUGCAAAUAUUGAUCCUGUUGAUGUUGCGAGAAAUAUCAAUGGACUAAAUCCAGAAACCACUUUAGUGGUGGUGGUCUCAAAAACAUUUACAACCGCUGAAACAAUGCUGAACGCUAGAACAUUGAGGGAAUGGAUUACAACUGCUCUUGGGGCUUCGGCUGUUGCAAAACACAUGGUUGCUGUCAGCACUAAUCUUGCGUUAGUGGAGAAGUUCGGUAUUGACCCAAACAAUGCAUUUGCAUUUUGGGAUUGGGUCGGCGGAAGGUACAGUGUUUGCAGUGCUGUUGGAGUCUUACCUUUGUCGCUGCAGUAUGGCUUCUCUGUGGUUGAGAAGUUUUUAAAGGGAGCUUCAAGCAUCGAUCAGCAUUUCCAGUCCACACCAUUUGAGAAGAAUAUUCCUGUGCUUUUAGGGUUGUUGAGUGUAUGGAAUGUAUCGUUUCUUGGAUAUCCUGCCAGGGCCAUCUUACCUUACUCUCAAGCCCUUGAGAAAUUUGCUCCGCACAUUCAACAGGUUAGUAUGGAGAGUAAUGGAAAGGGAGUCUCAAUUGAUGGUCUGCCUCUCCCGUAUGAGACUGGUGAGAUUGAUUUUGGUGAACCUGGAACAAAUGGUCAACACAGCUUUUACCAACUAAUUCACCAGGGACGUGUAAUCCCUUGUGAUUUUAUUGGCAUUGUGAAGAGUCAGCAACCUGUGUACCUGAAGGGAGAGGUGGUCAGUAACCAUGACGAGUUAAUGUCCAACUUUUUUGCCCAGCCUGAUGCGCUUGCAUAUGGGAAAACACCUGAACAGUUGCAGAAAGAGAACGUUUCGGAAAAUCUCAUUCCCCACAAGACAUUCUCUGGCAAUCGACCUUCUCUAAGCCUUCUACUUCCAGAAUUGACUGCUUACAGUGUUGGCCAGUUGUUGGCAAUCUAUGAACACAGAGUUGCAGUUCAAGGCUUUGUGUGGGGUAUCAAUUCGUUUGACCAGUGGGGAGUUGAGCUAGGAAAAGUUCUGGCUACUCAGGUGAGGAAGCAGCUUCAUUCAUCACGCACUCAAGGAACGGCUAUCGAGGGAUUCAAUUAUAGUACCACCACACUUUUGAAACGAUAUCUCGAGACAAGUUCCGAGCCGCAGAUCUGAUGAACAAGCCCCUGUUUCUCCGACUUCAGCCAAACGCAAACCAUUGGAGCAUUUUUCACGCUUGUUUUUCUUUUUUUGCAACUGUCCCUAAUCAGUAUACUUCAUCGGCACUCAUAAAUCAUCUAAAAAUGAGUUCUAAUAAUCCAAACCCCAUAAGUUCAGAACUGGGAGCAUAUUAUUA